GCCAGCUGCUGGCUCUGCUCUGCCUCAGUUUCCUCGUCUGCACUCAUGUCUCAGGGCCAUGGUGACAGAUGACACCGCGUAGAUGACGCCCAGUCAGCGCCGCCGGUGGGGCAGGGGGAUCGCGGUCCUCUUCUCGGGGAAGACCAAAGGGAACGACCAGGCGACACGGGCGAGGGACGCGCCUGGCUCUGAGAGCACCGAGAGUCAGGGCGGGGGCGGGGGGGUGCGCGGCGGCGCCGCCCCAAACCUCGCGGUUUCUCCACCUGCCCGGCUCCGGGGACUCGCGCUGCGCAGUCGGCGGAGUGGCUACCCGGCCCGCGCGCUCCGGGAUGACGUCCAGUGGCUUUAGGUCCCUGUGGCUCCUCAAGAAGCUGGGGCUGAUCCUAGGACUUGGCCUUGGCGUUGUUCUCAUUGUGUCCAGAAGAGCCUUCCUUGAAGCAGUGUUGCCCAGCCUCAAUCCCAAGAGCCUGCUGCCCACACUGGAUGUCCCCACACUCAGCCUCCUGCCCGAGCAGCAGCUCCGGGACCUCUUCUCCCGAGACCGGCUCUGGCUGUUCCCUAAAAACCAGUGCACAUGCGAAAACGCCCAGAGCCAAGGAGCAUACAACUUCCAGAGGGCCUACAAGGAGACCGACCUCCCAGGGGUGGACGCGAGGAGACAGGCUGAGUACAAACACUUUCAGAGGAGAGAGGGGCUGCCGCAGCCCCCGCCCCUGCUGGCCCAGCCCAACCUGCCCUUCGGGUACCCGGUGCACGGCCUGGCAGUGAUGCCUCUGCACACGAUCCCUGUCCCAGGUCUCCGGUUUGAAGGGCCGGAUGCCCCGGUCUAUGAGGUCACCCUGACGGCCACCCUGGGGACACUGAACACCCUCGCUGACGUCCCGGACAGUGUGGUGCGGGGCAAGGGCCAGAAGCGGCUGACCAUUUCCACCAGUAACCGGAAGCUGCUGAACUUCGUCCUGCAGCACAUGACCUACACGAGCACCAGCUACCAGCAGAACCGAGUGGACGUGGUGAGCUUGGAGUCCAGGUCCGCAGUGGCCAAGUUCCCUGUGAGCAUCCGCUACCCUCCAAUCCCCAAGUUGUAUGAUCCGGGCCCAGAGAGGAAGCUCCGGAACCUGGUAACCAUUGCUACCAAGACUUUCCAGCGGCCCCACAAGCUGAAGACCUUGCUGCAGAGCAUUCGGGAGUUCUACCCAGACUUGAUGGUGAUCGUGGCUGACGACAGUGAGAAGCCUGUGAAGAUCGAUGACAAAUAUGUGGAGCACUACAUCAUGCCCUUCGGGAAGGGCUGGUUUGCGGGGCGGAACCUGGCCAUCUCACAGGUCACCACCAAGUACGUCCUCUGGGUGGACGACGACUUUCUCUUCAUCCCCAAGAGCAAGAUUGAGACACUGGUUGAGGUCCUGGAGAACACGGAGCUGGAUGUGGUGGGCGGCAGCGUGCAGGGAAACACGUUCCAGUUCAAGCUGUUCCUGGAGCAGAGCGAAGGUGGGGACUGCAUUCACCGGAGGCCCGGGUCCUUCCAGCGCCUGGACGGCUUCCCCAGCUGUGUGGUGACCAGCGGGGUGGUCAACUUCUUCCUGGCCCACACGGAGCGGCUGCAGAGAGUCGGCUUCGAUCCCCGCCUGCAGCGGGUGGCUCACUUAGAAUUUUUCAUAGACGGGCUGGGCAGCCUGCUGGUGGGUUCGUGCCCAGGAGUGGUCAUGGGUCACCAGUCCCGUGCGCCGGCGACAGACAAGGAGCUGGCCGCGCUGGAGAAGAACUACAGCAUCUAUCGGGAUAACACAAAAGCACAGAUCCAGUUCAAACUGGCGCUGCACUACUUCAAAAACCAUUUCCAGUGCUCCACAUAAAGCUCAGGGCUGAUUGGCUGUGGGCAUCUAGAAAGGUGGAACUGGCAGUGCAAGCUACCAAUGAAUCAACGCUUACUGGUGGUGGGCAGGGCAACUGGAUGGGCCAAUCAACGUUCAAGAGUUAUUAGGAAUGGACCAAUCACUGAUCAGGGCAGUGGGGACCUUAUAAAUUACCAAAGCGUUAAGUGUUCCGGAGCCUUCUUUCCGAAGCUUUGCAUAGAUACUCAGCCACGUCCUCUGAUCUCAGUUCAGCAGAAGGUCACAUUGGCUUGGUGCUGGUGCCGUGAGACUCUGGUGGAAAUCAUGUGACCCCCAGAAACAUCAGUUCCAGCUUCACUGCCAUCCGCACAUUUUCAUUUGGUUCUAUCUCAUGGACUCAAAAAACUGAAAAACCAGGGUCUUUGCCUUGAGGAGCGGCAGCUGAGUCGGGUUUCAGUGGUGACAGAAAGUGGACAUCUGGUAGGAUGGAGGUCGGUGGAACCGCAGCGCUCGAGGCCAUGGCUACCUGCGGGUGUGGGCACAUGACACAUCAGGUAGGGCACCAUUCUUUAUAUCGCCGAUCAGGGGCCUAUGGAAUGCAGUUAAAGCACAGCUAAAGUCGAUAAGGGGCCUGAGGAGUUCCUGAGCGCACAAAACCAACUGGUAGCCAGGCCAGGCAUGGUGGCUCACAACUGUAAUCCCAGCGCUCUGGGAGGCUGAGGCAGGAGGAUCUUGACUUGAAGCCCAGCCUGUGCAAUUUAGUGACCUUGCAAGACCCUGUUUCAAAAUAAAAUAUUUUAAAGGGUCUGGGGAUGUAGCUCAGUGUGAAGGUCCCGGGUUCAAUCCCCAGUACCAGGAAAAGAACCAAACAAACUUGGGGGCCGGGGAUUUAGUUCAGUGGCACCACACCUGCCUCACAAGUGCAAGGUCCUGAGUUCGAUCCCUGGUUACUCCCCCCCUCCCCCAAAGAUAGCCUUAACCUUGCUUAAACUGCAAAGUACUUGAAACCUAACUUGGGUCAUUUUUGGUAAAUUCUUAUGUUCAACAGAAACAAAAUUUAACCCCACCCAAAGUACAAGAAUGUGUGAAUUGCUUAAUUUAAAUAAAGUCUUUAGAAUUGUA